GAAAACCCAAAUCCCGAAGCUGAACUGAACUUUCUUCCUCGGCAUCGUCUUCUUCCUCCAGCAGCAGCACAGCUCGAAGCGGAGGGCGCAAGGUUCGCGAGGAAGGAUGCCGAAGGCCGCGGGCGAUGCCAAGCUCCUGAUCCAGUCCCUCGGCAAGGCCUAUGCCGCCACGCCCACGAAUCUCAAGAUCAUCGACCUGUACGUGGUUUUCGCAGUAGCAUCUGCCCUCGUUCAGGUGUUUUACAUGGGAAUCGUUGGGUCAUUUCCGUUCAACUCUUUCCUAUCUGGUGUCCUGUCAUGCAUAGGAACUGCAGUGCUUGCCGUUUGCCUCCGUAUUCAAGUCAACAAAGACAACAAGGAAUUCAAGGAUCUUGCCCCGGAGAGGGCCUUUGCAGAUUUUGUUCUGUGCAAUCUGGUGCUCCACCUGGUGAUCAUGAACUUCCUCGGAUAAGUAAUUGUUCUACAGCAUAUCAGGAUUUUGUAGCGCCCUAAUGUUUGAGACCGUCGUCAUGUUAGAUAUUCAUGUGGUAUCACAUUGCCUAUGUAAUUCAGGGCGUCUCAGUGAGAUAUAAGAAAUUGGUGGAUUUAGUGUUAACAAUGUAAGAACAUGAAGGGAGCGAAGACUGGAAAAAAGAUCGCUUCAAUAUUUUUAGUUGUUCAAGAAAAAUUUAAAUGCCAUGCUUAUAACGCUUUUCUUA